AUGGAAAUGGAGGUUGUAGAGGGGGCUGGAGAGGAAUUGCAUGACUUUAUCUUGUUGAGUGAAGAUCCUGAGCCAGCUAUGGAAUCUCCCCAUAGCUCAAUCUCAAGUCGAGUAGAAGAUUAUUCUAAUAAGGUAGGACAAAAGAGCUUAACUGUUAGUGCAUUUACUUCUACUGGAGGGAUAACUGGUGCGAGAGGCAUUGCAGAAAAAGAAAGUGAAGGGAUGCACAUAUGGGCUUCAUGUGCGGAUUUUGCAACUGACUUUGAAGAAGCAUUAUUAUUGGUAGUAAGGAGAGGACGGGAAGAAGCUGAAGGAAAAAAUUGGCAAUCAUCCCGGACCACACCUAGAGCCCAACACCGAAUAGACCCCCCAACACUAAACCCAGUGACUGCAGAGGCGGGAGACAGAGGCGUGUCAUGCCAGGAAGAGGGAGACGAAAGGACGAGAAGCUCGCCGACACCUUGGUGUAGAGCGGUGCCACAACAGAGAAGCACCAAAAGGCAGGGCCGACUAUCCAAAUCUGAACGAUGGGUAUCUCAUAUGUUCCAUCCGUAUAAAGACACGGAGGCGGAGAGAAAUAUCGUCAGGAUGAAGAAUGCGUCUCUUGGGGGUAGAGGUCCCAAUGCAAGCGAGGAAGUCAGUAGGUACGCAACGUUCUACUGGCAAGGAGGAAGAAGGCGAACCAAUUUCCAGCCACUCGGAGUGUUUGACGUUACCAUGACUGAGUUUUCACUCAUGCUUGUAUUCAUAUUUCUCUACAAAUCCCCUACUUGCCUCAUUGGGGUCUGGCUUGACCUCCUCAAGCAAGCAAUUAAGGCGUCCCGAGUCAAGGACCCUAAGCCCAUCGGGUCCUCGAAGAAAUGUUUCCAAGUAAGAAAGAAGCAAAAGAUCGGUAGUCCGACCAGGGAGACUACCCAGCGGGAACAACUGAAGCUCAAGUCGAAGAGAAACCAGGUCGUUCUGCGACCUCUAAGGAUGUGGACAGAGGUCAAGGCUCACGAGAAUGCCCUUGUCCUCGUGCGAUCGUCUCUUCAAGACAAUCAAGAAAACUCUGUCAAGCUGAAGGCAGAGAAUGCCAUCCUCCACACUGAAAAUACCCAGCUAAAGGCCCAGUUAGUUCAGCUCAUAACUUCAUGUCCAAGCGUGAGGCUAAAGCUCGCGAGGAGGACCUGGCCUCCUUCCCGACCUCAGAUUUGCGGAGUUACCUUACUACGCAUCCUCUUAUACUGCUGCACAAGAAUGGCCGCGUCUUUGGGCGUCUUUUCGAGUAUCUUUCCGGCUAAUACGGCGCCGCUGGCAAGGUUGUCUCCUACGGCCGUCAGGCUUGUCCCCACUAACCUGCGUCCCAUGCGCACGGUGACGAUCGUGGCCGCGGCGUCAAAGGCCGCCGUGGAGAAGAAGAAGCGGGAGCCGAAGGGGAUAAUGAAGCCUCAACGCGUGUCUCCGGAAAUGCAAGCCUUCCUCGGCGGCACGACUGAGAUUCCCCGAACACAGGCGCUCAAAGAGAUCUGGGCUUACAUCAAGCAACACAAUCUUCAGGAUCCUGCAGAUAAAAAAGUCAUUGUCUGUGAUGAGAAACUGAAGAAAAUCUUUGGAGGAAGGGAGCGUGUUGGCUUUCUUGAGAUUGCUAGAUUGAUCAGCCCACAUUUCCUCAAGUGAUUUGGUGGUUAGUCGAGGGCCUUUUGAAAGAAAACAACGCUUUUUGUAAAUGAAGUCUAUGUUACCCAAAUGUACCAGAUUUUAUGCUAGUAUGUUAGGUGCUCUCUCUCUCUCUAUGAGGGAGUAAUUUUGGCUUUUGGAUCAACAUUUGUAGGCUAUGAAAUGUUCUGUGCUUUUAUGAUUAGGAUCUCUCAUGUGUUUGCAGGAUCUCUAUUAUAAUCAAUUUUGGGAUUUCUGUUGAGAUUAUAAAUUACUCAAACUAGAUUAGUUUAGUGAUUCGGGAAAAGUAUGCUAGUGAUAUGUAGUUUGCAUCUCCAUUGAAGAAAUGCUUGGUGAGUAUUAGAGCUGUCAAAAGAAAUGAGCAAAUGAGCAGUUCCUGAGUUUGGCUAGGCUUGACUUGUUAAAGCUCGAGUUCGUCUCAUCUAGUUUGAUUUAUGAGCUGAGUUGAGCUUGCUUAAAACUCGUUUCAUUAACGAGUUGGGUUCGGUUUGGCUCGUUAAGGCUCGAAAA